GGGGCAGGAGGUGGAGGCGCUCGGUCCGGGCACUCCCCACAUUUGCAGCUGUUAAAAGUUUUUUUCACAUUUCCGCAGUGUCACGAUUUCCGUUUCCCUCCUUUAAAAAAAAAAUCCAAGUCCCCAGGCGCUCAGCAGCCGCCCAGGCGAGCCCCGCUCCGCUCCCGGCCAUGGACCUGCCCGCUUCGGAAGAUCCCGAUGCCCAAGCGCCUCCGCCUGGCCUCCGCACGCUCCUGCCCUCCAGGGAGUUCCUCUGCUCCCGCAAAGGGCAGCUCCUGCUGGCCGAGUCGGUGCUGUCAUUUAUCACCUUUAUCUGUUAUAUUGCAUCUUCAGCUGCAUCUUUCAUGAUGGCACCACUCAUAGAAUUUCUGCUGGCACUGUUUCUUUUCUUUGCAUACUCCUCUAAGCUUAAUGAGAAGUUUAAAGGGAUCUACUGGCCUUUGUCGGAUUUCUUGCGCUGUGUCACUGCCGCCAUUAUAUAUUUUGCCAUCUCAAUCGCUGCAGUCUCAAAAUAUUCUGAUGGAGCAUCCAAAGCAGCUGGAGUAUUUGGCUUUAUAGCCACAAUAGUGUUUGCUGUUGAUUUCUACAUUACCUUUAAUGACCUGGUCACGUUUCUCAAACAAGGCGGUUCCGAAAAUGCCACUGAAGCACAAAAGUCAGAAGAUGAGGCCUCCGAUUCGGAUUCGGACUGAAGAACAGCGCACCUACGGAUUGUGAAGUCAAAAGGGAAGAGAUGACCAAGUUCUUUCCUAUUUGCUAAAUGCACUGCCAGUUGAAAUGUUUCCCUUUCUUGUUUUGGUCUCAGUCACCAGUACGUUCUCUCUCUUUUCCCAUCACUGUUUACAGAGUCACAAAAACCAGUGACUCAGUGAUGUGGGGGAAAGAAUAUUUCAGUGUCACAGAACAUUUCUUUGGAAACUGGCCAUUUUGUAGGUGUGCAAUCUUGUACCUAGAUAUCUUUUAAUAUGCUUUAUUUCAAACUUUACACUAGAUUUCUGAAUCUGAGCUUUCUUACUACUUUUUUCCUCCAUAUUAAGAAGCCAAUAGUAUUCCUUUAGAUAAAGUCUCACUACCUCUACUAUCUCAAGCAUUUGAAGGCACAGGUUAUAUUGGAUGUGUAGGUUUCAGAAGGCUGCCUAUGUGUGACCAUGAAAAUGGCAGCUGGACAUCUGCAACAUGAGCAAAUCUGAAAAUGCCUCAGGUUAGCUGGUUUAGUGGACAUUCAAUUUUCUGUCAUUUUGUAAGAUUUUCUGAGGAGAAAUCGCCCUCUUUCUAAUCUGCUUCUGUGGCGGCACAUCACGCCCUUCAAAUUUUAUUGCAAAAACGAGGCUGAGCAUGAGACACAUUGUUUUAACCUUCCCUUCCUACCACCAGGGCAGAAGCCUCUAUAUGCAGUCUGCACAUUUAGCUCCAGUUUCAGCAUGCAUGGCCAGAUGGGCCUGGCUCAGAGUCAUCCACAUGACAUCUCCUACCCCAUCAAGCCUGUAAGGAUUUCCGCACAAGAAACCACAGCACAAUUUCUUGCUCUAUGCUUUUAACAUCAGUCCUCCAGUCAAUAGUGUUUACCCCAGGUAGGGAACCACAGGGCUUACAGCUCCUGAUAAAGCCAGGCUGCCACAGAGAAUGGAAGAAACAACCCGAGACAAAGGCUUCUGCAAAUCUCACCUUAUCUAUGCUUUUGUGGUAUAGAAGGGCCAUACCACUGAGGAGAGGCAAACCCAGCCUCCUGACAGAAAUCUCAGUGCAGCAAGUCGCACUUUCCCAGCCCUCUGUUUUUUCUGAGAGGCCAGAUUUGUCCCUUGGUGUGGAGUUUCUAGGAAAAACUCCUGCAUUUCAAAGGGUUCUCUUUAGAGAGAGGGUAACAUAAUCUGUCUGCAGUAGUCAUACCUUCUGACAACGUAUAUACACAUCCCAAACAAUAACUUAGUUAAAAGAAUGGCAAACUCCAUGUACGGCAUUUGAUAUGCUUGUUUCAAAGAAACUCAUAUGUUAACAAGCAUUUCAUAUAGUCACAGGACUGGUGGCUUUUCUUCUCUCUCUCUCUUUUUUUUUAAACAAAAAAAGACUUCAUGACACAGCAGAUGGUACGAAUAGAGUAAAUGAAAACAGAGUUAAAACAAUAAAGGCAGUUUUUGCUGGGAAUAAACAUAUCCCACUUGUGUUUCAGUGACCUGCUAGCAGCUGGCUGUUAGCUGUCCAGAAGCAAGGUACCGAUUAGCAGCGUAGAGGUGUUUCAGACAGAAUGGUCUGGCUUAAUAAGGGGAUAUCUGAAAGACAACUUUCCCAUUCUCCACAAUUCCCAUUUCCAGACCACCGAAGGAGUAACAACAAUGAAUGUGAGAAGUAAUCAGCACUUAUCUCAGGAAAGAGCCCUUUGGACUUUUUCCAGUGUGGAAUUCUGCAUUUCCAUCAUGCUUCUCUUUUACUGUAAUACGUUUACUGGCAUUUACUGUGAUGUUAGGGAACCUGUGGUAAUUUUUACACUCUCUUUUUGUAAUUUUAAAUUCUUUUUUUUUUUUUUUUUUAAACAUACUGCAUGUGAAACUCUGGAAACUAGCUCAAGAUUAACAUUUAUAAACUAUCCUGGAUUAUACCAUCUUUAACAGAAGCUGAGUUUUGUGUUUUCCUUUACUUUUUUUUUUACAAUCUCAUUUUAUAACCUUUCAUGCUUUAAACCAGAUACAAUAAUACGGUUUGGAUUAAUUGUGCCAGUUAGCACAGAGCAUUGUAAGAGACAGUGAGAAAUGUGCUGCCUCAGCACUCAGAGAUUGUAGGCUCACUGCUAUAUUUUUGUAGAGUAUACCACACUCCUCUAACCCAUGCAUAAAAGGGAUGUCACCAUAAAUGUUGUUAUGAUCUCUUCAGCAGUCUUUGGAAGUAAAUAAGAUGCUGUGUGUUUUGGGAUCUGAUACUGUCAUUCUUGUAAACAAAUCUGCCCUUUAGAUUUGAAAUUUAUU